GCAGAGAGUGAUCGCUGGUACAGACGGGUUUAGUGAUCAAGCAGAGCUCUCAUCAUCACGGAACGGGCGACACAUAAAGUCUGCCCGUACAGUGUCACCUGAGUGCCUGACAGACCCCACCAACACCCCACUGUGCCUGUACCCGACACCCCAGUCCCUACACCCACACCCCCUACACCCACACCCCCUACACCCCACACCCACUGUGCCUGCACCCGACACCCCAGUCCCUACACCCACAGUCCCUACACCCACACCCCAGUCCCUACACCCACACCCACAGUCCCUACACCCACACCCCAGUCCCUACACCCACACCCCAGUCCCUACACCCACACCCACAGUGCCUACACCCCACAGCCGACAGUGCUCCGGCGGCCCGUAGGCGGAAAGAGGGAGCUGAGGUUGGUGCGGAGGGCGGGACCGGGACAGCGGUCAGGAAGCGAAGUGGCAGGUCGGGAGCGGGAGUCGGUGUCCGGGACACGGAGCGGGAGCAGGUCCGGAGCAGAGACGCGGGAACGGAGCGGCCCCGCCCGGCCCGGGAGCCGCGAUGACCGACUCGGUUCGGUCUGGAGCCCCGCGGGAGAGCAGCUAUUUCCGCAAGGGGUGUAACCCAUACGCACAGACCGGCCGCAGCAAGCUGCAGAGCCACAGGGUCUCCCUCAACCAGCAGAUCAUCAAAGCCAUGCGCCUGCGUACCGGGGCAGAAAACCUGCUGCGGGCGUCGGACAACCCCCGGGUGCGGGAGGCGGCCCUGCUGGAACUGAGCUUUGUCAACUCCAACCUACAGCUGCUGAAGGAGGAGCUGGAGGGGUUAAACGGAUCGGUGGGGGUGUACCAGAGCCCGCAGGAGAGUCUCUGCCUCCCCCUCAUCCCCCUGGGGCUGAAGGAAACCAAGGAGGUCGACUUCGUGGGUCCGUUCAAGGACUUCAUCCAGGAACAUUACGGGGAGAACCCGGCUGACUUCGAGGAUCCGAUCCUGGACCUGAUGGACCUCCGGCAGGCAACGCGGACCCCCAGUCGGAGUGAGGCGGGUGUGGAGUUGCUGAGCUCCUACUACAGCCAGCUCGGUCUGCUGGAGGGUCGCUUCUUCGUCAACAGUCGGCACCCCGGGCUCUUCUUCACCUGGUACGACUCGUUCACGGGGCUGCCAGUGUGCCAGCAGCACCUGUCCCUGGAGAAGGCAAGUGUCCUCUUCAACAUGGCUGCCCUCCACACCCAGCUGGGGGCCCGGACUGACCGCUGCUGCCCUGAGGGUCUCCGCCACUCUGUCACCGCCUUCCAGAGGGCUGCAGGAGUGCUGCAGCAGCUGCGGGAGACCUACACCCACACUCCCAGCUUCGACCUCAGCCCAGUCAUGCAGAACAUGCUGGUGCGCCUGAUGCGGGCACAGGCCCAGGAGUGCGCCUUCGAGGAGACGGUGCUGCUCGGCACAUCCAACCAGCUGAGCAGCCUGCUGCGGCUGGCACAGGACGCAGCCACCCUGUCGGACACCUACGGCCAGGUGAACCAGUGCAUCAGCCAGCCCCCCGUCACCGAGCACGUGCCCCCAGCCUGGUGUCACACCGUGCAGGUCAAGCUGCAGCACUACCGGGCACUGGCGCAUUACUUUGUGUCCAUCGCAUUACUGGACCAGCAGUUGAGUGGGCCUGAUGACGUCGACCAGCAGGAGAAAGCCCUGUCCGAUCUCUACCCCCGGCUGCCCGAAGGACUGACCCCUCUCACCGUCCUCAGGAGCAGAGAACAACGCCAGCGGCUCGGUAAAGCACACCUGCGGGUGGCUAUCGCAGCGCAUGAGGAGGCUCUGCGGCUUCAGAGUCUCUGCAAAUCUUUAAAGAAGAUGGAGAUCUUCCAGGAGAUCCUGAGAGUGUCCCACAAACGUUCUCUCACCAAGUACACCGAACUCCAGCAGGAGGAUGACUUUGACAUGAUGGAGGCUCCUGAUAUAGUGGGCCGGAGCCGUCAGCAGAUGGAGUUAGUGCAGCCGCAGGUGUCCAGCGUGACAGUGGUCGACCUCUUCCAAAAGCUGGGCCCGCCAGCUGUCUUCUCUGCCAGGCAGAGGUGGACAGCACCUCGCAAGAUCCACCUGAAGCCGGGGGACUGGGAACAGGGAUUCACCCUGCAGGGCGAGGCUGCAGUGCAGGUUACGGGCGUGGAGCCCAGCAGUGUGGCUGCGGCUCUGGGGCUGAGGGAUGGAGACGUCAUUGUGACGGUGGCAGGAACAGACUGUAAGUGGAGCUCAGUGAGCGAGGUGGUGAAGAUGCUGAGGGAGAUGCCUGCUGAUGGAAUGGACAUUCAGGUCGUCAGUCCCCAGGGGCUGGAGCCCGCCCAGGUGCCCAAGUGUGCAACGUUCAGCAGUGGGUUGUCCAAAACCUACUCUCUGUCUUGUUGGGCCCUGGACGAGGGGAAGAGCAGCAAGGGCAAGAAAGUCUCAAAGAAGCUGUCAUUUCUGAGCUGGGGCAGCAAGGGCAGCAAGGCGGCAAGCGUAGUCAACCUUCCCUCGGCCGUGGACACCAGCUUCAAGCCUUUCUCCAGCAGCAACCUCUCUGAUGGCAGCUCUCUCUACUGACGGACUGUCCACCAUCAGGACUUGGUGCAGAGAUGGUCUUCCCCUGCUCCAGCUCCCACCCCAACCAAUGGCCAUAAUCUGAACAACUCCUGAACUGUGACUUUGGUGGGCACGGACACUCUCAUUAUAGCCUCAUUAUAUCAUAGCCGCCCUCAUUGUUCACUCAAACCCUCUGUGGAAGUAGAUGCCCUGAGCUCCACUCAUGGGAUGUGAGUGACCUCCAGAUGGGUGUGCAGCCCCCAGAUGUUUCCCCUUGGCCUCACUCCACAUCCUGCGGUCUUACAGUUCGUGGGCAGGGCUGCAGUGACCUCCCGUGUAGUCUCCAACACUUGCAGCCACAGGCUUGGGUUCAGCUGCCCGUUGAGCAGGGUCGGCUGUGGUGACCACCUUGUCCUGAAUGGGGAACCUGUGGUAACUGAGGCAGGAUCUGUGUACGGUACCUGAAUGAAGUGCUCCCCAUGACCUCUGUGGCCAAUUACGAUCGUGAAAUGGGCUGAACGUGAACUGGCUCAUCCACUACCUAUACACACUUAGCAUAUAAAUGUCUACAGCGUAGAUUUAAAAUAUUACUGUUUGAUACUCAAAUGAGAAUUGCCUUAAUUUAACAAUUAAUAUAGAAAUAAAGAAAAUCCUAAAACCAGAGAUUGAUUUUUUAUAAAUUAAGCAGAUUUAUAUACUCAGUUUUAUUUUUCCAGUAUAAAUCUUUAACUAAUUGUCACCAGGGUCUGUGUGGGUGUAACUCUAAGUACGUUUGUGCCUAGCUUGCUCUGCCAGUAACAAUCCUUUGAUCACAGUGUUUGGGACUGGCAUGUUAUUGCACUCUCACCCAAUCUUAUACCUUGGAUGGGAAACUAGAACUAAAGUUUCUCAGAUGUCAACUCGUGAGAUCAAAUUAGGAGCCCUGUUUGCCUUAGACCACAGGGCAAUGUCUGUUCUAGUGAUGUUCCUCACCAUAAGGGUGAACACAACUCUCCCUGCCCACAGACAGUGAUUUGUUACCGCUGGACCAGCUCAGUGUCCCACAGACCAUCUCCCCUGAGCCAGGUUGCAAUGUACGGCCCCACUCGCCCUUCCGUGUGUGUCUGUCAUUGUCUGUAAAGUGUUUCUAUUUGUGCAACAAUUAAAACCAGGUGUAAAUCUGCUUGUCUCAUGUUUGUGGAACCAGAGGAGUGGUGACGGUGUUAGAAACAGCUGGGUGGGCGGGGGGAGGAGGAGGUGUGUCAACUGCUGCUGAUUGUGGGGGGAGGGUGUGGUUGGUCAUUCCUGCUGGGGUGGGGUGGGGUGGGGUGGUCCUGGCUGAUGAAGUAUGGCUUUUCCCAGAUGAACAUUUCCUUCCCCCACAUUUCCUUCCCCCACAUUUCCUGGUCCAAUCCCAGCCCCCAGUAACCUCAAUCCCUGGACCCGUCUCCCCAAACUCAGCUGGGAAUGGUGGGAGGAGACUGGGUUACAUCCCUUCCCCACAGCUGGUACAGCAGAGACACCCACACACCUCUACCAGCUGCACCCUGGGCUGCUUGGGGAGUUCUGUUCAGUUCACUGAUACCAGUGGUGCUGAGGACACACACACGCAGGCCCCUCGUUCGCUGCACACCCACAGCUCAACACCCCAAUAACUCAUCAACCACAAGCUCACCAGACCAUGGGGAAAGGCCGAGGCCGAAGCCGACAGCCCUGUGUGAAGGGGAGCGGUUCCGGCACCCAGCGUC